ACUUCACAUGCGCGAACCAGCGCAGCAACCAGUCUCGUUCCGUUGCCUGCAAUCUGUCCAGCGCACACUGUCGCGCAUACCAUCAAGAUGCAGAACCCCUCACAAGGAGUCGCUCCUCAACUGGCGCAACAUGUCCACCUCAUCUCCUCGCACCGAUUCCCAUACAUCGCAACGUUAGGCGUCGAACAGGCCUAUCGCUACCUUCUCGAUGCGCCCACGAUCGUCAAGCAGCUCGCGCCCAUGUCAUGGCAUUACGUGACCCCACCGCAAGACGGCACCGUUUGGCUCGAAUGGAUACCGCAAGAGAAACUGGAUCACCCAUACCCUUCAGAUGGCUACGUGUGGGGAGAUGUCGAACAUUCUUAUCGUCAUGACUUCAACGGAUACACGCUCGAACUGCGCGUCCAGACAGUAGGCUAUCGGCCCGGUCACGAUAAUAUGGCGACGCACGCUCGAACACGCUACCACUUCAUCGCGAAGAGCCCGACUGUCGCCGCUGCAAACCCCGAUCCGAGUCUCUGGAUUGUACACUAUCACUCUGCCGACCACAAUCAGAUCAUGCCAGCGAGUCAGGUUCCAGUCAGCCAGCACACUCAAACAAUUGUCACACAGAGAAGAUGGCUCGAAGGUCAAGGGAGACUAGAGAGAAGAGAGUUCAUGCUACACGACCGCGAACACUGGCCCACACUGCACCUCCCAGGCCAAGCACAAAUGAUGCAAAAUGCGCACCCACAACAACAAAGACCAUACCCCGCGUACCCACAACAAGGCCCUCCUGCCAAGAAGCCACGCGUAGCAGGACCUCCCGGCCUGCCUGUGGCCGGCAGCUCGAGCGAAGCAGCAGGCAUCCCCGAUAUGACCAUUGAAGCCGAAGAAGACACCUCUCUUGGCGACUUCUUCGACCACCUCACGCAACGCGACAUCAGCCUUGCACGCUACAUGCAACACCACCGCUGGAUGGAGGAAGUAUUCUCCUCACCCUACGCUACCAGCCAAAUCGUCCCACCAGAUCUCGGCCUCGGCUUGAUGGGCGAAUUGAAAGGGCUAACAGAUGGCAUUCUUGCUCCGCCGAAUGUCGACGUCCGAGCAGACAGUGACCCAACGACCAAGCCCCCGAAACCGAAAGAAGCAGAUGCGUUCACGAAUCUGACAAAAGAGCAACUUGAAGAGUUUAACCAGCGAGUCGCGAAGCAUUUGGAAGAAGGACAGAAAGAAAUCGAGAAGAUGAAAGCUGACCACGCGGCAGCAAUGGCAGAAUGGAAGAAGAAGAGAGCACCGAUGUUGAAGUUUCAACAGCAGCAACAAGGGGCAGCUACAGCUUCUGCGCAAUGAUGAAGAUCGAUGAUGCGGCGAGAGAGGAACAGAUUCUCGUCAUUCUUGUGAGACUAUUAGCGUGGGCGUUUACUUUUGCUCAAAAACAAUGGAAAAAUGAAAUGACACUUUUGCCCCUUACCUACAGUUUGUCGAAAGCACCAGAGCCGUCGUGUCAAUUCGACCAAUUUGCAAG